AUGCCAGUGUUGAAAUCAGACAAUUUCGAUCCAUUGGAAGAAGCUUACGAAGGUGGAACAAUUCAAAACUAUAAUGAUGAACACCAUCUUCAUAAAUCUUGGGCAAACGUGAUUCCGGACAAACGAGGACUCUACGACCCUGAUUACGAACAUGACGCCUGCGGUGUCGGUUUCGUGGCAAAUAAGCAUGGUGAACAGUCUCACAAAAUUGUUACCGACGCUAGAUAUCUUUUGGUCAAUAUGACUCAUCGUGGUGCUGUUUCAUCUGAUGGUAACGGUGACGGUGCCGGUAUUCUGCUAGGUAUUCCUCACGAAUUUAUGAAAAGAGAAUUUAAGUUGGAUCUUGAUCUAGACAUACCUGAGAUGGGCAAAUACGCCGUGGGUAAUGUUUUUUUUAAGAAAAACGAAAAGAAUAACAAGAAAACCCUGAUUAAAUGUCAGAAGAUUUUCGAGGAUUUAGCUGCAUCCUUCAACUUAUCAGUAUUAGGUUGGAGAAACGUCCCCGUAGACUCUACAAUUUUGGGAGACGUUGCUUUAUCUCGUGAACCUACUAUUCUACAACCAUUAUUGGUUCCAUUAUAUGACGAAAAACAACUGGAGUUCAAUGAAAUUAAAUUCAGAACUCAAUUGUAUCUUUUAAGGAAGGAGGCCUCUCUUCAAAUAGGACUUGAAAACUGGUUUUAUGUUUGCUCCUUAAACAAUACCACCAUUGUUUACAAGGGUCAAUUGACGCCUGCUCAAGUGUACAACUACUACCCUGAUUUGACUAAUGCACAUUUUAAAUCCCAUAUGGCGUUGGUCCAUUCAAGAUUUUCCACUAAUACUUUUCCCUCUUGGGAUAGAGCUCAACCUUUACGUUGGUUAGCUCAUAAUGGUGAAAUCAACACCUUAAGAGGUAACAAGAAUUGGAUGCGCUCCAGGGAAGGUGUGAUGAAUUCCGCAACUUUCAAGGAUGAGUUAGAUAAACUAUAUCCGAUUAUCGAAGAGGGUGGGUCCGAUUCUGCUGCAUUGGAUAACGUUUUAGAACUAUUGACUAUAAAUGGCACAUUGUCUCUUCCUGAAGCUGUUAUGAUGAUGGUUCCUGAAGCAUACCAUAAGGAUAUGGAUUCUGACCUAAAGGCAUGGUAUGACUGGGCUGCAUGUUUGAUGGAGCCUUGGGAUGGUCCAGCUUUGUUGACUUUCACUGAUGGUCGUUACUGUGGUGCUAUAUUGGAUAGAAAUGGUUUAAGACCUUGUCGUUAUUAUAUCACCAGUGAUGACAGAGUUAUCUGUGCUUCAGAGGUUGGUGUCAUUCCUAUCGAAAACUCAUUGGUUGUUCAAAAAGGUAAACUGAAACCAGGUGAUUUGUUCCUAGUGGAUACUCAAUUGGGUGAAUUGGUUGAUACUAAAAAGUUAAAAUCUCAAAUCUCAAAGAGACAAGACUUCAAGUCUUGGUUAUCCAAAGUCAUUAAGCUAGACGACUUGCUAUCAAAGACUACUAACCUAAUGUCUAAAGAGUUUGUAUCGCAGGAUUCAUUAUCUUUGAAAGUUCAAAGUGACCCACGUCUAUUGGCCAAUGGUUAUACCUUCGAACAGGUCUCCUUUCUAUUAACUCCAAUGGCUUUGACAGGUAAGGAAGCUUUAGGUUCCAUGGGUAAUGAUGCUCCAUUAGCCUGCUUAAACGAAAAUCCUGUCUUACUUUAUGAUUAUUUUAGACAAUUGUUCGCUCAAGUGACCAACCCUCCGAUCGAUCCAAUCCGUGAAGCAAAUGUCAUGUCGUUAGAAUGUUACGUAGGUCCUCAAGGUAACCUUUUGGAAAUGCAUUCAUCCCAAUGUGAUCGUUUGUUAUUGAAAUCUCCAAUCCUACAUUGGAAUGAAUUCCAAGCCUUAAAAAACAUUGAAGCGGCCUAUCCAUCGUGGUCUAUAGCUGAAAUUGAUAUCACGUUUGAUAAGAGCGAGGGUCUAUUGGGUUAUACGGAUACUAUUGACAAAAUCACUAAAUUGGCCGGUGAAGCAAUUGAUGAUGGCAAAAAGAUUCUGAUAAUCUCAGACAGGAAAAUGGGUGCCAACCGAGUUUCCAUCUCAUCCUUGAUUGCAAUCUCAUCUAUUCAUCAUCAUCUCAUCAGAAACAAGCAACGUUCCCAAGUUGCUUUGAUCUUGGAAACAGGUGAAGCUAGGGAAAUUCAUCAUUUCUGUGUCCUACUAGGUUAUGGUUGUGAUGGUGUUUACCCAUACUUAGCCAUGGAAACUUUGGUCAGGAUGAACAGAGAAGGUUUACUUCGUAAUGUCAACAAUGAUAAUGAUACACUUGAUGAAGAACAAAUACUAGAAAAUUACAAGCAUGCUAUUGAUGCAGGUAUCUUGAAAGUCAUGUCUAAGAUGGGUAUCUCCACUUUAGCAUCCUACAAGGGUGCCCAAAUUUUUGAAGCUCUUGGUUUAGAUAAUUCUAUUGUCGAUUUGUGUUUCACGGGUACUUCUUCCAGAAUUAGAGGUGUAACUUUCGAAUAUUUGGCUCAAGAUGCUUUUUCCCUACAUGAACGUGGUUAUCCAUCCAGACAAACCAUUUGCAAGUCUGUCAAUUUACCAGAAAGUGGUGAAUAUCACUUUAGAGAUGGUGGUUACAAACACGUCAACGAACCGACCGCGAUUGCUUCCUUGCAGGAUACCGUUAGGAACAAAAAUGAUGUCUCAUGGCAAUUAUAUGUCAAAAAGGAAAUGGAAGCAAUUAGAGACUGUACACUUAGAGGACUUUUAGAGUUAGAUUUUGAAAAUUCUAGUAGUAUUCCUUUAGAACAAGUUGAACCAUGGACUGAAAUUGCCAGAAGAUUUGCGUCAGGUGCCAUGUCUUAUGGUUCUAUUUCUAUGGAAGCCCAUUCUACAUUGGCAAUUGCUAUGAAUCGUUUAGGUGCUAAAUCUAACUGUGGUGAAGGUGGUGAAGAUGCAGAACGUUCUGCAGUUCAAGAAAACGGUGACACCAUGAGAUCAGCCAUCAAACAAGUUGCUUCCGCCAGAUUCGGUGUGACUUCAUACUAUUUGUCUGAUGCUGAUGAAAUCCAAAUUAAGAUCGCUCAGGGUGCUAAGCCUGGUGAAGGUGGUGAAUUACCAGCCCACAAAGUAUCUAAGGAUAUCGCUAAGACUAGGCACUCCACCCCUAAUGUCGGGUUAAUUUCCCCUCCUCCUCACCAUGAUAUUUAUUCUAUUGAAGAUUUGAAACAACUGAUCUAUGAUUUGAAAUGUGCUAAUCCAAGAGCAGGGAUCUCUGUAAAAUUGGUUUCCGAAGUCGGUGUUGGUAUUGUUGCCUCUGGUGUAGCUAAGGCCAAAGCGGAUCAUAUCUUGGUUUCUGGUCAUGAUGGUGGUACAGGUGCUGCAAGGUGGACAAGUGUCAAAUACGCGGGUUUACCAUGGGAAUUAGGUCUAGCUGAAACUCAUCAAACUUUAGUAUUGAAUGAUUUAAGACGUAACGUUAUUGUCCAAACUGAUGGUCAAUUGAGAACUGGGUUUGAUAUCGCUGUUGCGGUUUUAUUAGGGGCAGAAUCUUUUACUUUGGCAACUGUUCCAUUAAUUGCUAUGGGUUGUAUCAUGUUAAGAAGAUGUCACCUGAACUCUUGCGCUGUUGGUAUUGCCACACAAGACCCGUACUUGAGAAGUAAGUUUAAGGGUCAGCCCGAGCAUGUUAUCAACUUCUUCUAUUAUCUGAUUCAAGAUUUAAGACAAAUCAUGGCUAAGUUAGGUUUCCGUACCAUUGAUGAAAUGGUGGGUCAUUCUGAGAAAUUAAAGAAAAGGGACGACGUAAAUGCCAAGGCUAUAAAUAUCGAUUUAUCUCCUAUUUUGACUCCAGCACAUGUUAUUCGUCCAGGUGUUCCAACUAAGUUCACUAAGAAACAAGAUCACAAACUUCACACUCGUCUAGAUAAUAAGUUAAUCGAUGAGGCCGAAGUUACUUUAGAUCGUGGCCUACCAGUGAACAUUGACGCCUCUAUAAUCAAUACUGAUCGUGCACUCGGUUCUACUUUAUCUUACAGGAUCUCGAAGAAAUUUGGUGAAGAUGGUUUGCCAAAGGAUACUGUGGUUGUCAAUAUAGAAGGUUCUGCAGGCCAAUCUUUUGGUGCUUUCUUAGCUUCUGGUAUCACUUUCAUCUUGAAUGGUGAUGCUAAUGAUUAUGUUGGUAAAGGUUUAUCCGGUGGUAUUAUUGUCAUCAAACCACCAAAGGAUUCUAAAUUUAAGAGCGAUGAAAAUGUCAUCGUUGGUAACACCUGUUUCUAUGGUGCUACUUCUGGUACUGCAUUCAUUUCAGGUAGUGCUGGUGAGCGUUUUGCUGUUAGAAACUCUGGUGCCACCAUUGUUGUUGAGAGAAUUAAGGGUAACAACGCUUUUGAGUAUAUGACUGGUGGUCGUGCCAUUGUUUUAUCACAAAUGGAAUCCUUGAAUGCUUUCUCCGGUGCCACUGGUGGUAUUGCAUACUGUUUAACUUCAGAUUACGACGAUUUUGUUGGAAAGAUUAACAAAGAUACUGUUGAGUUAGAAUCCUUGUGUGACCCGGUCGAGAUUGCGUUUGUGAAGAACUUGAUUCAAGAGCAUUGGAACUACACCCAAUCAGACCUAGCAUCCAGGAUUCUCGGUAAUUUCAACUAUUAUUUGAAAGACUUCGUUAAGGUCAUUCCAACUGAUUAUAAGAAAGUUCUAUUGAAAGAGAAAGCAGAUGCUGCAAAAGCUAAGGCUAAGGCAACCUCAGAAUACUUAAAGAAAUUUAGAUCGAACCAAGAAGUUAAUGAUGAAGUCAACGCUCUGUUGAUUGCUAAUCAAAAAGUCAAAGAGCAAGAAAAGAAGAAAAGUAUCACUAUUUCAAACAAGGCCACCUUGAAAGAACCCAAGGUUGUCGAUUUAGAAGACGCAGUCCCAGAUGCCAAACAGCUAGAAAAGAAUAGCGAGAGAAUUGAAAAAACGCGUGGUUUUAUGAUCCACAAACGUCGCCAUGAGACACACAGGGACCCAAGGACCAGAGUCAAUGACUGGAAAGAGUUUACUAAUCCUAUUACCAAGAAGGAUGCCAAAUAUCAAACUGCGAGAUGCAUGGAUUGUGGUACACCAUUCUGUUUGUCUGAUACUGGUUGUCCUCUAUCUAACAUCAUCCCCAAGUUUAAUGAAUUGCUGUUCAAGAACCAAUGGAAGUUGGCACUUGAUAAAUUGCUAGAGACAAACAAUUUUCCAGAAUUCACUGGAAGAGUGUGUCCAGCACCCUGUGAGGGAGCUUGUACACUAGGUAUUAUUGAAGACCCAGUGGGUAUUAAAUCGGUUGAAAGAAUUAUCAUUGACAAUGCUUUCAAGGAAGGAUGGAUUAAGCCAUGUCCACCAAGCACACGCACUGGUUUUACAGUGGGUGUUAUUGGUUCUGGUCCAGCCGGUUUGGCGUGUGCUGAUAUGUUAAACCGUGCCGGACACAAGGUCACCGUUUAUGAAAGAUCCGACCGCUGUGGUGGGUUAUUGAUGUACGGUAUUCCAAACAUGAAGUUGGAUAAGGCUGUAGUGCAGCGUCGUAUUGAUCUAUUGAGCGCCGAAGGUGUUGACUUUGUUACCAACACAGAAAUCGGUAAAACUAUAAGCAUGGACGAACUGAACAACAAGCACAAUGCAGUAGUGUACGCUAUCGGUUCUACCAUUCCACGUGACUUGUCCAUUAAGGGACGCGAAUUGAAGAAUAUUGACUUUGCCAUGCAGUUGUUGGAAUCUAACACAAAGGCUUUGUUGGACAAAGAUUUGGAAAUCAUUCGCGAAAAGAUUCAAGGUAAAAAGGUGAUUGUUGUUGGUGGUGGUGACACAGGUAACGAUUGUUUGGGUACAUCGGUGAGACAUGGUGCAGCAUCGGUUUUGAAUUUUGAAUUGUUGCCUGAGCCGCCAGUGGAACGUGCCAAAGACAACCCAUGGCCUCAAUGGCCACGUGUCAUGAGGGUAGACUACGGUCAUGCUGAAGUGAAGGAACAUUAUGGCAGAGACCCUCGUGAAUACUGUAUCUUGUCUAAGGAAUUUAUCGGUAACGAUGAGGGUGAAGUCACUGCCAUCAGAACGGUACGUGUAGAAUGGAAGAAGUCUCAAAGUGGCGUGUGGCAAAUGGUAGAAAUUCCUAACAGUGAAGAGAUCUUCGAAGCCGAUAUCAUUUUGUUGUCGAUGGGAUUCGUUGGUCCUGAAUUGAUCAGCGGCAACGAUAGCGAAGUGAAGAAGACGAGACGUGGUACCAUCGCCACAUUGGACGACUCUUCGUACUCUAUUGACGGAGGAAAGACGUUCGCAUGUGGUGACUGUAGAAGAGGACAGUCUUUAAUUGUCUGGGCCAUCCAAGAAGGUAGAAAGUGCGCUGCCUCUGUCGAUAAGUUCUUAAUGAACGGCACUACCUAUUUACCAAGUAAUGGUGGUAUCGUUCAACGUGAUUACAAACUUUUGAAAGAACUAGCUAGUCAAGUUUAA